GAAUUGGAACACCUGAAUCACAUGAUAUGGAGGGGAUUGGAACACCUGAAUCACAUGAUCAGGAGGAAAUUGGAACACCUGAAUCACAUUAUUGGGAGGGGAUUAGAACACCUGAAUCACAUGAUAUGGAGGGGAUUGGAACACCUGAAUCACAUGAUUGGGAGGGAAUUGGAACACCUGAAUCACAUGAUUGGGAGGGGAUUAGAACACCUGAAUCACAUGAUAUGGAGGGGAUUGGAACACCUGAAUCACAUGAUUGGGAGGGGAUUGGAACACCUGAAUCACAUGAUUGGGAGGGGAUUGGAACACCUGAAUCACAUGAUUGGGAGGGGA